AUGGUCGAAAAAUUCAAUCCACAGUCCCUCCUCCGCGCUGGCCGGAACCUCCCAGACCCAUGGGCUAGACGUGAAGCUUGGCGCUACAGCGGCCCAUUCACUCGUAUAAACCGUUUCCGAGGGUUCUUCCCAGGCCUCGGUAUCGCAACUGUUGCUUUCACCGUAUACUGUGCCGCUGAGUACAUGUUCUUCCCGGCGAAGAGCCAUGGACACGGGCAUGAUAGCGGGCAUGGGGAGGGGCAUCAUUGA